CCCAAAAUCUUCCACACAAUUACAUCAAACCACCAACUAGUAACCAAACAUUAAAAAAAAUCAAACCAAUGAAGCUCAUUUCAUCUCUCAUCUUCUUCCUCCUAAUCUCCAUACCACAUUCCUCUCCCACUCCAACCAAAUCAAGAAAAAGAACACAAAUCCACAAACCCUGCAAAACACUAACAUUCUACUUCCACGACAUCCUUUUCAACGGUCACAACUCCAAAAACGCCACGUCAGCAAUCGUAGGAACACCACCAUGGGGCAACACAACAACCUUAGCAAACCAAAACCACUUUGGUGACGUAGUUGUUUUCGAUGACCCAAUAACAUUGGACAACAAUUUACACUCUCACCCAGUUGGUCGUGCUCAAGGAUUUUACAUUUACGAUAGGAAAGAAAUCUUCACUUCUUGGUUUGCUUUUUCGUUUGUCUUUAACUCCACGAUCCAUAAGGGUACCAUAAAUUUUGCUGGUGCUGACCCUUUGAUGAAUAAGACUAGGGACAUUUCGGUAAUUGGUGGGACUGGUGAUUUUUUCAUGACUAGGGGUGUGGCUACUCUUUCAACAGAUGCUUUUGAAGGUGAAGUUUAUUUUAGGCUUCGUGUGGAAAUUAAUCUGUAUGAAUGUUGGUAAUUAAUUAAGCUACUUCAAUGGUUGAAGCUGGUUAUUACUAACUUAGAUUCUCUGUGUUUUUCUUUUGUCAUUUAUAUUUGUUUUUUUUUUCCUAAUGUGAAAUUGUAUAAUGCUUUGCAUUAACACUGUGUGAAGUUUUGUUUCAUGAGUAGUUAAAUUCUUGUAUUUUUUUAUGUCAUUUCAUUCUUUUUAAUGGAAAUUUGGAAUUCCGUUCA